ACUCACUUUGUCGUAACUCUCAUCCAACAAUGGCCUGGCUCUGUACAGGGAAGACAAACUCGGAACUCAUUUCAAAUCUUGCAAUGAAUCGAAUAUUCAGCUCACAACUUGUCGCCAGUGCGAUGAAUAAAGUUGAUCGAGGAAAUUAUGUUCUUCGUAAAACGGAAGCCUAUGAAGAUUCGCCUCAAGUAAUCGGAUAUGGAGCUACCAUAAGUGCUCCACAUAUGCAUGCCUAUGCCUCUGAGCAUCUUCUGCCUUAUCUUCGUCCGGGUUCCAAGGUUCUCGACGUUGGCAGUGGAUCUGGUUAUUUGGUUGCCGUACUUCAUCACCUCGUGUCUCCAGGAGGGAAAGUCGUCGGGGUUGAGCAUGUGGAUGAACUCGUCGAAUGGUCGAAGGAGAACUUGAGGAGUGAUGGACUUGGGAACGAACUGGAAUUGAAGAACAUUCAAAUCAUCGCUGGCGAUGGUCGCGAAGGCUAUGUAAGCGAAGGUCCUUACGAUGCUAUCCACGUUGGAGCAGCAGCGCCCACGGUUCCACAGGCGUUAGUAGACCAGCUAGCUUCUCCUGGUCGCUUAUUUAUUCCCGUCGGCACCUCUCUGCAAAACAUUCUACAUGUUGACAAGGACGCCGAGGGGAACAUAUCGCAAACAGAGGUUAUGAGUGUUCGCUACGUGCCCCUUACCGAUCGAAGUAUGCAGACCUAAUCCUUUAUCUGUUUGUACAACGCUCUACUAUAAGAUAAUAAUGUACUGCCCGUCCCCUGACGCUACUAUGGUUGAGUGAACGUUAUUGCUCAAGGUAAGUACCUCCG